UUAUGGCAGCUGGCCAAUGAAUAAUUGUGUUUCGUAGUUUUCCUGCCAAAUUAUAUUUUAACGCUUAAGUAAAAAAUAGUAAACGGAUAGCAAUAAAAGAAUUAACAAUUUAAAAAAAUGUUUAAACAAAUAGGCCACAUAGUCAAAAGGAACCCGGUGUUUCUGAGUAGCGUACGAUACAAAGCUGCCUACGAAGGAGAUGGCAAGACUACAGUAAGGGUCAUCAACCAGGAGCAGGAUUUAGGGCUUAUGAUAGAUGCCUUUGCUACGUAUGGAUUUAGAUUAAACAAUGGAAUCACAGUUCUCGGACCUAUAGCUAUUUUUCCCAGAACUAUAUUAUCUUGGCAAGUAAAGUCAUCAAAGGAGAUUACAGAGGACUCACUGAGGUUCUUCAAGCUACUGGAACCUAAGAUUGAUCUUCUGAUCAUUGGCCUCGAGAGCAACGACAGGAGCACCACAGACACCGUGUUCCGCGCGGCGCGGGCCGUCAAGCUGAAUGUUGAGAUAUUGGCCACCGAGCACGCCUGUUCCACCUUCAACUUCCUUAACUCGGAGGCCAGAUCAGUGGCGGGCGCUAUAAUUCCUCCCCUCCACGUGGAAGUUAACGAAGACGACAUGCUGAAAUCCAAACUGCACUACGAGAACUUGUAUAAGAAGGAAUUACAUUAGUUACAGUUUAAAACGUUCGAGAUACCUUACAAUAAUAAAAAUCAUAUCUAUCGUUCGCCAUACACCAUGUCAGCGAUUUGAUCUUUCUAUGAGAUUUUCCCGUAGACAUUGUGAACUUCUUUCUUUAACUGUAGGUAAUUAAAAAAGAUGGAACCGAAGUAAACGCUAUAUUUUUCAUUUUAUUUCAUUAAAAAUUGUUGUCAUAAAUAGACAAACUACAAAAGAAGUAUCAAAUGUUUUAAACCCAUGUCCAAUAAUUUUAGUCGCAGUACCUACAUUAAUUGUUAAGUAACACAUCAUAAUCUAUGUAAAUAUUAGGUAGUUAUAGCGAAAUAUAGUUAAUUGUUAACGAUU